AUACAACCGCAUAAUUCCAUAAUUGGCUGGAUAUUCAUAGUAUUUCAUAAGCUUUGCGGCUGAUUUUACCCCUGAAAGCGAAAGCUGUUUGUAAGCUCUUGUUUUGUUCAUGUGGGGAAGUUAUCUGCGGCUAUGAUUGCUAGUUCAACCAAGGCACACAAUCACACAUUUAUUCAGUGCAUUGAGAUUUUUUAUCUGAUUACUUGACGGCUAGAAGACUUAUCUGUAUUUGUAAAAAUUUCCCGAAGAGCCCUUUCUUUUAUGUGGAGAGUCUUUUUCAUUUCAAUUUCCCCUAAUGUUGGCAGUAGUUAAGAAAUGCAUACUUCAGGUACGUAUGUUGGUAAAACACUUGCAUCUGCAUAUCUCUUUAUUAAGAUGUGGAUUUAUUUUAUUAGAUUGUAGGCUUUGCUUAGUCUACACAUAUAAUUACAGUAGGUUAUCAUUUGCAUAUUUGACUGGUUCAGUUGUACCCUCUGUCCUCCUUUCUGUACAGACACUCCGAAUGCUGGAGAAAAGGGAGAAGGUUCUUAUAAAGAAGGCUUCUCAAGAGGUUGAGGAAGCAAAGGAGCUCUCUAGAGCAAAUAUUAAAAGGGGUUGUGCCGUUGGGAAUGCAGUGGCAAUUCUAUGCUUGAAGAGGAAGAGGCUGUAUGAACAGAGAAUUGAGCAGCUUAGAUAUUUCCAACUUCCGAUUCGCGAUCAGAUAAUAAUGUUAGAAGGAGCUAAAGCAAGAACCAUGACUGUGGAUGCUCUGAGAACCAGAGCAGCUGCAAUGAAAGCAAUGCAGGAGGCAAUGGAUACAAUUAAUGAACAAAAUGAGACUAUGAAACAAGUGCAAGAGGCAUUGUCAGCUCCUUCUGGUGCAGCAGCUGUCUUUGAUGAGGAUGAGCUUGAGGCAGAGCUUGAAGAACUGAAAGGCCCUGAGUUGGAAGAACAGCUCCUCCUGCCUGCCGCAACAGCUUCUGCUCCAGCUCCCCCUGUUCCUCAGGGGACAGGCAAGGAGGAUGAGCUUGCUGAUGAGAUGGCAUUUUGAGCAGGUCCGCUGCUCAUAUUUAAUUGAGGUUGUGUAGCACUUGUCCAACCUGUAAUAAGGAAUACUCUCACUGCUGCCUGUAUGCAUUCAUAUUUUUCUUCGGUUCCAUACUGGAAAGACAUGUUUGUGAAGGUGGCGUGGAUUAUAUAUUGUGUUCCUUUGAGACCUGUAUUUCGCUUUCUGGUGCUUUCGGUGUGUUUUAUUUCAACUUAUUGUUGAACAUCAAACUUCUCCCUAAUGUUUGGAGGACAUCUCUGAAUAUCUCAGGCUAGAUUUUUAUCUUC